AGGUAAAACCUUUUUAAAUCUAUUAAUCUUGUAGUGUAAUUCCAUUAAUUACUCAAAAUAAUCAUGUACUGUAAUUUUACAAAGUUGCAUACAUUCCCUAUUGCCAUUAGAGCUUCAUCACAACAACCCAAAUGUUUUUUACAGUUAUACAUUAAUCCCAAAACCCCUAAAUGUUUACCUAGUUUAAUUCAAGAAAAACCCAUUUGUUGUUAUGGGGUUAGGAGGUUUAAAAGUACUUAUGAUUAUUGUAGCUUAUUAGUGUCUGCGAAAAAAGGAACCUUUUCAAAUGGGGUUUGUUUAAAAUCAAGAAAUUUUUCGACUUUUGUUGGUCGGAAAGCGGUUGAAGGUAGUGGUUCAACAAAAACGUUUCCUUGGUUAGCUAAGAAUAAAGAUAAGGAAGUAAAGGAAUUUGAGAGGUCGGGUGAGACGAGGCGGGCUUCUUGGGAGGAGUCUGCGGGGAGGUUUACGAAAGAUGGUAGGGAAAAGAUUAGGAGAAAAGAUUUUAAAGAGAAAAGUGGGAAUUCAGAAAAUGGGUUGGAUUCGAGAAAGGCAGGUCGGUCUUCUUGGGAGGUUUCAGCUGAAAAGUUUGUGGAAAGGGGUGUUGGAAAUGAGGAUAGAGGUAGGAAACUAGAUGAAGGAAAUGGUUUUAGGGAAAGAAGGAAUGUUUCUGGAGAUGAACCAGCCACAAGAAAGGCCGUUCGGUCUUCUUGGGAGGAAUCAGCUCAAAAGGUUGUGAAAAGUGGUGGUGAGAGUAGGGAAAAGGGUAGGAGGUUUGAUAAACGAAAUGAUUAUAGAGAAAGAAGGGGGGUUUCUGAAGACGAGUUGGAUGUAGAUAAUGAAGAAGUUGAUAAUCCAAGUUGGUAUAAGGUUAAAGAACGGCUUGGUGGGUUUGACAAGGUCGCUAAUGUGGAAAGAAAUGGUAAUGAGUUUCGUAAGUGGAAUAGGCAAGAUGAAUUUGGGAAGAAGGUAUGGAGAGAAGCAACCGAGUCUAGCGUACCGAAAAUGGUUGGUGAAUGUGUCUAUGGAGUCGGCCCUGUGCUAGCUGCGUUAUCAGCAAACCGAAGAGAAUUUUAUGUUUUAUAUGUUCAAGAAGGGAAGGUUGAAUUUAGUGGAAAUAAUAAGAGGAAGAAGGAUAAAAAAGGGUUCGAGAAAGUUUUGAGGGUUGCCAAUAAACUGGGAUUAACAAUAAAAGAGAUAUCAAAACACGAUCUUAACAUGGUUGUUGAUAGCCGGCCUCAUCAGGGUCUGGUUCUUGAUGCUUCACCUUUAGAAAUGGUGAAUAUACGUGAACUGGAUCGUGUAGUGACUGAUGGAGAAGAAGGUGCACCUCUUUGGUUAGCUUUGGACGAAGUUAUGGAUCCUCAAAACUUAGGUGCUAUAAUGAGGUCAGCAUAUUUUUUCGGUGCAGCAGGGGUUGUACUUUGUGCAAAGAACUCUGCACCACUUAGUGGGGUUGUAAGUAAAGCAAGUGCUGGUUCACUUGAGAUGACCGAGCUACGGUCUUGUAAAAAUAUGAUGCAGUUCUUGAUUUCUUCCGCAGAAAAUGGUUGGAGGGUUGUUGGUGGUUCGGUUUCUUCACGGGCCGUGACUUUGAAUGAGGUGACACCUGGUGAGCCCACAAUCCUUGUAUUGGGCAGUGAAGGUACCGGUUUAAGACCAUUGGUCGAGAGGUCGUGUACUCAAUUGGUUAAAAUUCCAGGGAAUAGUCCAGUACAUGUAGGUGCAGGGUUAGAUGAUGCCGACACGGAGGAGUUUCAGUCUUUCCUUGCUGUCGAAAGUUUGAAUGUUAGUGUUGCUGCCGGUGUGCUUCUUCAUCACUUGGUUGGAGCCAAGAACACCAAGACUGCACUUGAUGUUGAGUUAUAAUUUUUUCUUCUUUUCUUUUAGUUUUUAUCUUAUAUGAUCAGUAAAUGCACAACUGUUUCUGGUUUAAACUUUAAAGUGAGUGCAAUUGAUAAUUUUGAUUUA